UUCAAAUUACGAUAGAAAUAAAUCAUUUUCCUUAAUUUUUCGGCUUCCUUGCACCCUAUUUCGCCAUAGUGUAUGGCUAAUACCAUAAGGAAUGCAUGUAAAUAGUGCGAAGUGGGACCCAAAUUAACAAAUCUGUCCAUAACUGGUACAGGGUUCCUAGCAUUGGCACACGCCGCAAUAAAUACUAAAAGUAGUUUUGGACCCGUUUCUAUAUUUUUCCUGUAAAGUAUGAAAACUAAUCAAUCAUUUUCGACGGACUUCUUCUUAUUAUAUUGUAGAAAUAGUUCUUCUUAGGUAGUGCGAUAACUGGUACAGGCACCCUAUAUUUCAUUUCCUUUUGUCCAUGAAUGACAUUCAUGGCUGCACACAUGCUUCCUGUCACGUGUUGAGUAUCCAUUGCCAAUAGCAACGGCUAUGCAUGCGGUCUCCAUAGUAACCAUAUGUUUGGUCACUACGUUGAAACUUAUAAUCUAGCUUGUACCUUGAUAGAAAGGUUCAAAAUGAUAAAAUAAUAUCAUUUCGAUUAUUCGUCUCAUAAUUGGACUUUCCUCGAAUAUCUCUAAUCAACCUCAAUAAUGUUGCUCGAUGGCUGAGCUACACAUCCUCGGCGAGCUGUGUCACGCGUCCAACUUUGAAGAACCGAACCUGUUCUGCCGGUGGAGUGUCCAGUUUGGCUCGUGCUGGAAAGUGAUCGAGGGUCACUCGGAGGGACAAACCUGUACCAGCACGGCGCGUGUAGAGCAAAGGUCCUAUUUUAGUACUCCGAUCGACCUGCAUCUGGCCUGUCGGGGCAUCCAGGGUUGGCCAAAGAUUCACAUCGAAGUGUUCGCGGUGAAUUCGUUCGGAAACUAUUGGCCCGUGGGGUACGGAUUCGCGCACGUGCCCACCCAACCGGGACAGCAACGGGUGCGGGUGGCAACGUGGAAAGUUUCAUCGGCUAGGUUUUUCGAUAGUGUUAGGGAGAAGUUUCACACCGGGGGAUUUACGGUGGCCAAAAGCGACAUUGUGUUCUCCGGGAUUGAGCGGUAUAAGUUGCUUACGAAGUCGUCUGGGAGUGUGGAAUUGGAGUUGAUGCUGAUAUUUAAGAACUUUGCCGAAAAUGGCGUUGAGCUUCGGUAGAAAAGUACAAAUUCUUGUAUUGAUAUUAACGUUGGCCGCGUGUGACCAAGACCUGCAUAUGCAGAAAUUUGUUAAAAUUGAUGUGUCCAAGAUCAACCAGAAAGAAAACAAUGAAACAACCGCCGCAACACCUGGGAAUACC